AUGCCACGCACAAAAAGUACCAACAGCAACAGCAGCAACAGCCUCGAUAUCCCUGCAACUUUGACUCGCGAUGUAUAUCGUCAUCGUGCCAAACAAAUCACUGCACAUGCACCUGUACCAUACGGCACGAUCCCGACACGGCGUUCUUCCAGAAAAAAGCAUAAGGGCCAAGAGCAUCAACACAAACGAGCAUGGUCAUCACCACCAUCACCAAGGAAGCAGGCACCUUAUCCAUAUUUUGAAAAUGCCAAUGAAGACGAUUCAACGUUUCUUGUAUCUUUGUUUAAUCGUGUACUUGCCCAUUUUUCGGAAUCAUCGUAUGCCGAUGUCAAUAAGGAACCAUCGUCACCUGUUGGAUUCAUGCCUCGAUCCCCAUCACCCACCACGCCGCUUGACGUCAGUGUUCCCAUUACCAUCUCUCGUACAACCAGCGAGAGCAGUGAUGAUGCAUGUAGCUGUUUAAGUACCAGCUCAUCAUCCAGCGGUAGCUUGAGCACCUCAGCUAGCAGCAGCGCAUCCAGCAGUAGCCUUUCGACCAUUAGUGAAAAUACAACUCCAACCCCAUUGUCUUCAUCACCAACAUCGUCAACAAAUCCACCUACAACAUCCAAUACCACAUUAGCCCUUUCAGAUCUUUUGUGCGACCAUUACGUGCAAGAAAGGUCAACUGCCACAGUUAGUACCGAGAAGGAAGAAACCCACGACGUGGAAAACAAGGGUGUACCUUUGGAAACCUUUCGGAUAUUCGAAGCACCUUCACCAGAUGAUGAUGAGCGAUGGUUUGCUUGGAAGAGUCCUACGGAUUGGACACCGAUAUUGGAUGACGAAGAAGAUGACGAAGAUGAUGAUAACCAACUCUCCUCAUUACCAUCAACGCAAUCAUUGUCAUCAUCAUCUUCAUCAUCAUGUACGAUGGAUGGCGAUAUGAAUGACACACUUCGAUGCAACAACAACGACGACACAGCAACAAUCAAGCCGUAUACCAAAUCAUCAUCAUCGUGUUCCAGCUCUGGGAAAAAGAAACUAAACAAACGACAGAACCCCUUAAAGCACCAUCAUCAUGCACGCGAUAUCCGGGUCAAUAGUGAUCAUCUUCGUAUGAUUGUUGCCGAGGCUAACAUGAUGCGAGCACAAAAAAUUGUCGGCCCUCUUCGACCACGAAGCUAUUUACCCAAACGCCGUGAUCCAUUUACAUCAUGCCGUCCGAGCGGCUUACGAUAUUAA